AAUCACUAAAAGAAUACUGGUAAAAUGAAGAAUUAGCUCUUCUUCUUCCUCUCGAAUUUGAAUUUUACUUCUCUCAUGGCCAAAUCUGCCUUCUUUUUUCUCUUGCAAAUGUAAAGUUUUGAUUUUGAUUUUGCAACAACAAAAAAAUGGCCAAGUGUCACAGAAACGACAUCGGAUCCGUAGCCAUCGAUCGCCCUUCCACCAUCAGUACUACGGGCAACAAUUUCAGAUUAUGGACAGCCUUCUCUGGCACCGCAUUCCGAAGGAAAAUCUUCGACGCAGUAAGUUGUGGAGCAAGCUCCCGCCACCGCGAUCAGCUCAUGCAAGAAAUUCUUAGCGACACCGUCUCUCAGCAGCCUCCGCCCACAACCACAAUGAAGUCGGCUUUGAAAGAGUUCAAUGAGCCGAGAAAACCAGACAAAGCAGUGAAGAAGCCCAUCAGAAAUGGCAGGUCGGAGAAGCUAGCGGAUCUCUUGAACUUAGUUGAAACUAAAACUGACGCCGAGACUAAGAGGAAAGUGGAAGCUUUGGAGGAGUUGAAGAUCGUGGUUAAGGAGUUGCAAGGGGAAGACAAAGAAAGUAAGAGAAAAGCUGCGACUAGAGUCAGGUCUCUUACUAAAGAAGACUCAGAAGCCAGAGUGACUUUAGCCAUGCUCGGAACCAUUCCGCCGUUGGUUGCAAUGCUUGAUUUUGAAGAUUCCGAUUCACAGAUCGCUGCUCUCUACGCUUUGCUUAAUCUGGGAAUCGGAAAUGGCACGAACAAGGCAUCCAUUGUCAAAGCAGGGGCUGUUCACAAGAUGCUCAAGCUUAUUGAAUCACCAAAUGAGGCAGGCGAGGUGAUAUCGGACGCUGUUGUAGCAAAUUUCCUUAGCUUGAGCGCCUUGGAUUCAAAUAAGCCUAUCAUUGGAUCUUCAGGGGCUAUCCCUUUCUUGGUAAAGUCCCUCAAGAUUUUGGACACAAAAACUAGGUCUCAAGCCAGACACGAUGCUCUUCGAGCUCUUUAUAAUCUAUCGAUCUUCCCGUCCAACAUUUCCUUCAUGUCGGAAGCCGAUUCGAUACCUUGUCUGUUGAAUGCAUUAGGAGACAUGGAAGUUAGUGAAAGAAUUCUUUCGAUUUUGAGCAAUGUAGUGUCCACUCCAGAAGGUACAAAGGGGAUUAGUAUUGCAUCGGAAGCAUUCCCGAUUUUAGUGGACGUGUUGAAUUGGACCGACUCGCCGGUGUGCCAAGAGAAGGCAUCGUAUAUUCUCAUGGUAAUGGCACAUAAAGCGUAUGGAGACAGACAUGCCAUGAUCGAAGCAGGCAUCGUUUCGGCAUUGCUUGAGCUAACACUUUUGGGUAGUACAUUGGCACAGAAGAGAGCUUCUAGGAUUUUGGAGGUCUUGAGAGUGGACAAAGGGAAGCAAGUGUCGGAGAACAACUUGGAUGGGAACAUGAAUGCAGCAGCUGUAUCGGCUCCAAUUUGCAGCUCUUCGAGAAAUCCGAACGGAAGGGUGUGCUUGGUGGAAGAAGAAGGCAUGAUGAGCGAGGAGAAGAAAGCUGUUAAACAAUUGGUCCAACAGAGUUUACAGAACAACAUGAGGAGAAUUGUGAAUAGGGCCAAUUUGCCACAAGAUUUUGUUCCAUCAGAACUUUUCAAGUCACUCACAGCAAGCUCUUCAAAGAGCUUACCCUUUUGACCCAUUGUAUUGCAUGAAGAAUGAA